AUGGGGAAAAUCCGAAAAUACUCCUCCUCAUUCAACUUGAACCCAAUACCGCAAUCAGAACGAUUUGGGAUCCACAGAGAUCCCCUGGAAGCGGCUGCUGCUGUGGCUGCGGCUGUGGCUGCUGAAGAUGCUGAUGCUGUGGCUGCUGAAGAUGCUGAUGCUGCGGCUGCUGCUGCUGAAGAUGCUGCUGCUGUGGCUGCGGCUGCUGAAGAUACUGAUGCUGAUGCUGCUGCUGUGGCUGUGGCUGCUGAAGAUGCUGAUGCUGAUGCUGCGGCUGCUGCUGCUGAAGAUGCUGCUGCUGUGGCUGCGGCUGCUGAAGAUACGGAUGCUGUGGCUGCGGAUGCUGCUGCUGUGGCUGCGGCUGCUGCUGAAGAUGCUGCUGCUGUGGCUGCGGCUGCUGCGGCUGCGGCUGAUGCUGAUGAUUUAUCGAGGCCCUAG